AUGACGCGGCCGUCUGUUGAAGUCAAAAGUGCUCAACUAAAUUACCUUACAAAACGAGAGGUUGAACAACGCGUUCGAAAUGGACAAAUGCUAAUAAUAUACAACAAUAAAGUUUAUAAACUUAAUAAAUGGAUAAAGUAUCAUCCAGGUGGUGAACUUGCAAUUAUUAAUAUGAUUGGCAAAGAUGCUACAGAUGCAAUCAAUGUUUUCCAUCCUGAUUAUGUCAUUAAUAAUAAAAUCCAUAAUUUUUAUAUUGGAGAAUAUGACUUUGGAGACUCGGAAGAAAACAUGAUCCACUCACAAACAUCAACAAACGAGCCAGAAUUAUUAUUAACAGUGGCUAAAGAAAAGUCAAUAUCAAUGGCAUUUCGACGAUUGGAAUCAAAAAUCAAAGAACGUAGGCUGUACGAUUGCAAUUAUUGGAACUAUGCAUAUGAAACAGUUCGAUACAUUAUUCUAAUAACAACAGCUUGGUACCUUGUAAUAUACGGUACAACAACGUUUCAUUAUAUCAUAAGUUCUAUAUGUCUCGGUAUGUUUUGGCAUCAAUUAGCAUUUACUGCCCAUGAUGCGGGGCAUAGUGGAAUCACUCACAAUCUAUAUGUGGAUUAUCUUAUUGGAAUAUUCAUAGCUGAUUUUCUAGGAGGAUUAAGUAUUGGAUGGUGGAAAAAAAAUCAUUACGUUCAUCAUAUCAUCACUAACCAUCCCGAACAUGAUCCUGACAUUCAACAUUUACCAUUUUUCGCUAUAACAACCAAACUUUUCAAAAACCUUUAUUCGACUUAUUAUAAAAGAACUCUUUAUUUUGACGCUUUCGCUAGAUAUUUUGUGUCUUACCAACACUAUUUAUAUUAUAUUAUAAUGUGUUUUGGCAGAUUUAAUCUUUAUGCUUCAUCAAUAAUUCAUUUAUCUAGUGAAAAGAAUCUAAUGUUUAGAAAUUUAGAAAUAUCCUCAAUGAUUUUAUUUUGGUGUUGGUUUUCCUAUCUACUCUCUUACCUCCCUUCUUCUUUUAUCAUAAUUCUCUACGUUCUAAUUUCUCAUAUGGUAACAAUGAUCUUACACGUGCAAAUCACUCUUUCACACUUUGGUAUGUCAACUGCUGAUUAUGGUCCGUUAGAAUCUUUUCCACGCAGGAUGUGUAGAACAACAAUGGAUGUUGAUUGUCCUUGGUGGAUGGAUUGGUUUCAUGGUGGAUUACAAUUUCAAACUAUUCAUCAUUUGUUCCCACGUAUUCCAAGGCAUAAUUUGAGGUCUUGUCAGCCCUUGGUUAAAGAAUUUUGUGAAGAAGUAGGAAUUAAAUAUCACAUAUACGGAUUUGUGAAAGGGAAUGGAAUUGUUCUUGGCGCUUUAAAGGAUGUGGCUAAUCAAGUGAAACUAUUGAAAACUGUGGCAAAAGGAAAUAAUGAUAAAUAUUUUAUCGCUGAAGACUGA